AUGAAACGCGGCUACCACCGCAGAUCCUACAUGAUCCUGGCUGCCUGUUUCGGCAUUUUCGGCUACAUCCUUCUUGGCAUCAUGGCCUUGCCGGGUCUAGCGCUGGUGGGUGCCCUUGUGGCCAUCAACUUCGCCAUCUCCACCUCCGACGUCAUCGUGGACUCCAAGGGUGCCGAGCUCUCCCGGGAUCAGCCGCGCUAUGCCUCGGAGUCUUGGCACGGAGACCAGUUGCACACAUGA